AUGGUACAAAGAAAAAGUACUGGCACGGCCAAGUCCGUUGCAGAACCGAUUCUCAGAUAUCCUCUGAUAUCCGAAAAUGAGGUAAUGGAUCGAGAAGCGAGGUACAUGAGCCGCCUUAAUGAUUUCACUGUUAGUGCGGAAUUAGUCAAGGGUGCCCAACGCGACUUCUAUAAUCAGGAGGUGGAUAGAAUGUUCCGGGAACACUGGGAGCAUCAUUUGCGAUGUGAUGGCCUGCCACGUCCCUAUCUUCCCGUCGAAGUACGAACUUUUAUGUCCAAAAUGCGGUUUUACGACCAGGUUGAAACGAAUAAUUCGAUGGACUGGACCUUGUCGGUGGACGAACGCUCUAUAUUGACUCAGAAUAUCUUUAGGGUGGACAAAACACGACAUAUGAUGAUGGUCAACAAAGACAAUCCGGGCGAACACUAUGACCAGAACGUUCAGAUGUGUUUGAAUGCAUUGAAACAAAUGGAUGCAAUGCUCGACAACGAGGCCGAAAUGGUUCGGAUGUCAGAAAAAAGGCAACAGGAUGUUAUUGAAGUUUACACCGAAGUCGAGACGGAAAUUGGUGACCUCUUUGAUCGCCUAACCUAUCGAGUAUUGAGCAUGCAAGAUGCUUAUAUGGAAUCCAAGGAUGGUCGAGUGGCUGUGUGGAGCUACACGUGUAACCCUUGGAGAAUGGAUUUGUGGGGACUGCGAAAUGUGCCAAUUAUUUUUGAUCAGUUGGAAUUGCCAGUAAUGUUGGCCGAAUUGAAUGCCACGAGUGUUGAGGUCCAGAUACCAAAGAGUGUUCUUAAAGACUGCGUAACUAUUCGCAGCUUACACAUGGAUUUUGAUAACAUAUCGCAGAAUGCCAAGAGCUUCGAAACUGCCGUUCAGGCAUCGGUCAAUUAUCCCAACGCUGGGAUAGUGGACAUAGAGAAUUCGGUGGUCAACGAAUGGCACAUGCAACUCGAAAUACAGGAGGAGACAUUGAAUCUGAUGUUAAGCAGGAGGCGAGAGUACGAGGACAUGAUGGAGCUCAUCGCCGAGAAAACGGAGCAGGCAGCUAAGGCCGCUAAACAAACUGACCCCGAUAAGGCGGUCAAAAUCAUAAUUCCCAAGGCCCCGAAGGAACCACCAUUUGUUGCGACUGGCAUGUAUCCCGACACCUAUGACGAUUUUCUCAGAAUAGAGGAGAGCCAGUACUCUGGCUACCUCGAUGAGGUAUGCCAUCCAAGGCACUUAGAUAUGCAGCCGUUCGAAAUAAAUCUUAGGGACUACAUCAUGCUUGGUGGUAUUUACAGCAUUAUGUUCAUCCGACGACCUGACCAAACCCAGUUCGAGAAGUUCAACAUCGUAUUGCACGAGGAUGGACGGGUGGUUCACAAACUGACAGAAAUGAAGGCCGAUAUACCGGUAGAGGCUGUGCGGAAGUCGAAUAUAGGCAGGAAAACUAGGGAGACCUACCGGGGCACUAAAAUCAAGCUGGAAGACGACGAACUACCAUAUUUCAUUGUAACCCUACAAGUGGCCGCGGAUCUCUGCAAAUGGAGUGAGCCCCUGGUUUGCCAUUUUCUAACGGAGCAGGAUUUUAUUCCGACCGAUUACAAGCGCGAAUCCUACUGGGCGCCGACCAUGCAGAGUGUUAUAAGGCAUUCGGAAUUUGCCGGUAGGAAGGGGAGUACGCUCAAUUUAGGCAGUCAGAUUUCAGGUGAUUCUGCAAAUAUAUUUCGGCCCAGUCUGCGGUCAUUACUGAGACAGAGUAAGAUCGGAACGGCUCCGAAGCCCGGAGUUCCCAUAGAGGACUUCAAACUGGAAAAAAAACUGAGCCAACUGGAAAUUAGAACAUUGGAAAGGUAUUGUCUACCCCGGAUCAUAUCAUCGUUUAAGUUUCCCGCAGACUUUCGAGAUGAAAAACGAGAAUUUGUCAAACAGGGCCCAAGGGCUUUGGUCAAACGGCCAGAGGCCGAGGAAGUCGUUAGUCAAGUUAAGAUUUUAGACUUUAACUAUAAUUCCCAGGUGCUGAGUCCGGAGCGAAUGUACCCCUACUUUCCACAGAUGGAUCCCAUAAAGUAUACCAUUCCCUUCGAUGAUUCGGAACCAGGUCCAGUAAACCCAACGAGUGCGCUGGAACUUCUAAAAACAUUUGACAACAUUAAAUCUAAGUAUCAGGAAAAGCAUAUCGAGCUAUUAAGUCAGCCCGACGAGCAGGACAAGAAAUCGAAGCAAAAAAAACUGGGCUUAAAGGAUGAGGAUGAUGCACCUGAGGGACAGAUAGCAAAACGAAAAUUGUCCAAGUCUGGUGACAAAGGACGCCAGUCUGUUAAGACGGACAGGGAUCGAGUUACUGUCGGCUCAGACAAAUCUUCAGUAAGGACUGAUCUGAUGAACGAAGAACAAGUAACACACUGGACAACUAAGUACGUCAAGGACACCGUAAUCGAUAGAGAAACCAAUAGGAUUACGUUCAAGACAGAUCGUCUGGGACUUUUGGGAUUGGCCUUUAAGCGGUACGAACAUUUUCCAUUUCGCAAUUGGUCACUGCAGCCAAAUGAGGAAAAUCCUGAUGAGAUCAUACUAUCCGUCGACACAUUCCAUGUCCGUAUCUUUUUCUAUAUCACCUGCAAGGGAGUUAGGGGCUAUGUGACUGAUCUGAGCAAGGGUUACACGGCGAAGCCGAUUAAAUAUCUGGAGAUUGUGGAACCAAUAUCAGACUUUCGGCAAAUGCGUCAGAUAUUUAUUAACAAAAACAUCAAUAUAUUUGCCGAGAACGAUGCUAGUUUCUAUAUCGAAAAUGGCUACUUUUCCAUGAAACACGUGGCGCUCGAGAUGCACACCUACAAUAUUAUGGCGCUCCACUGUAAAUUGAUGAAGUUCUACCGAUCGAGCUGGAAUCGUCUCGCCGAUCGACGCGAUAUCAUCCUGGGCAUGAAAAUCGCCAAGGACAACUCUGAUUAUUCUGAGGUCACAAUGCGCAUUACACCGGAGAAAACCACCUUUGUUCAGAUUUCCGAAAAUUGCUCAGAUAAGGUGAAUGUUAUUGUGCUAAGCUACACUAGUACUUGGCGAAACAUCGGUAACUUUACGGAUCUACAUCAGGCUAUAAAUUCGAUGGUGCCGAAUGCUACAGAGGUGCGAAAUAAGGAUUCUAUUCUUUUAUAUUAUGUAACUAGAAUGCUCAAAGAAAUACGUCUUCUAAGCUUUUCGUAGAAUAUCAAUAUAUUUUGUACAUCUAUACAAUAUAAUCUUGAAUAAAAUAA